AUGACGGAAAACGGAAAGUUAGCACCUGGUGUUUUUCGAAAUGUUCUCUCCCAUGGGCUGGCCAUGGCGAUUUUCCCACUGAUUGCCUUUUUUCUUAUCAAGGCGAUCGGUUUUUCUGGAAUAACUGCUGCUGUUGUGGCUGUAAUAAUCGUUCACAUUUGCCUUGUCAAAUUCGUCCUCUCUGCUAUGAAAGAAGACACCAGUGGCGGUGUCGGCGGAUUCGAAAAAGUCGCGGAAAAGGACGACUAA